AGUAACAACGUGAAAUGUUCCGAGGAAUGAAGGAUUGGAGGCAACUUGCAACAUCCUGACGUAGUUACAUAUAGUCAGAAGAGGAAACUGCGAUGAACUUACUAGAUCGGUUAAACUACCGUUUUGCAAAGACUACUAACACGUCUAGUUCUUCGAACAAACCUAGCCCACUGUGUCUUGAACCGCUCUCAACUGAAUGCGCAGAGGAUGCUCCAAGGCUGACAAGUACUUUGCAGAGCAAUCAACCUAGGGUUACCGCUUACAACUACACAUCGCCAGAAGGAUGGCCUAAUCCUGUGACGCAGCCAACUCGUCUAGCUGCCAAUAACACUUUGUCCACUACAGAAGGAAGUCCUGGAUUACAGCUAGCAGCCCAUAUUUUAACAAGAGGCAAAGUAACCUCCAUAAGUACAGGUGACUUGCGAAAGAAGAGCGUUAAUCAAGGAAGCUCUUUCUAUAAUGUCAGCAGUGAUGAAGAGCAAUCGGACGAAGACGCUUACAAAGCGACGGCGGAUGACGCAGAGCCCCUCGUAGCAGAGUCCGUUGCUGCGUUUGAACGCCGGUCUUUGCGAAUUCGUCGUAGUCUGGACAAAGCCAAGGCCGCAUUGCCGGCAGAUUUUGUCGAUCGCAUUGGUGUUUCCCCUGUUAUGAUGGGAUCCACUUAUCGUGAUCCGUCUGGCUCAACCACUAUGAAGCUAUCACUUUCCGCCGUCGACGAAAAAGCUGUCGGAGAUCAAGGAACAUUGAGAACAUCUAUGUCAGAUGAAGAUGAGAGUACUUCAACACAACAUGGCGACGAAACUUCUGAUGACGAGCAUAAACAAGCCAUGCACAAUGUUCGAUCCGAGCAGCCAAGUCGAAUUACCAGCUUGAGGGAGCAAGGAUGGGUUUCCAGUGAAUCCGAAAAUGGCAGCUCAUCCGAACUUUCAACCCCAACCAUCCAAAUUGGGAUACAGUGGAACACGGAAGCACUUCUCCCAAUGGAAGAAUUGAUGCCUGAGUUCCGCAAAAUGCCCAUUGGUUCGACAUAUUUGCUAAAGGCUGUGUCACAACGUUCUGGAUGCAAAUGUGCUCUUUGUGGACAUGACAGUUUGCUGUUGUUUCCGGUGCUAGAUGUGUCGCUUGCUUCCGCUUUUUGGGGUUUGUGGAGUCAAGCCCCCAAGAACCACACACGAAUAAGCCACCAUUAUGAAAGGAGUCCGCAAUACGCCGGAACUACUACGGAGGUUCAGUGCAAACUAUUCGUGUUUCGCCAAUGUCGAGGCUGGUACGAAAUAUUAAAUGAAAACCAGCAACCCAUACCUCAUCUAACUACGGUUGAACAAGUUCGUCGGACAAAACCCGCGGCUCUACUCAUCAGACAGGACUUAAAAUGCUUGGCUGCUCCGUCCAGCUUAGUCAUUCCUCAAACGAAAGAUCAGCGCGCGCCUUCAGAUGCUUCAUCAGGGUUACCGUUGCCCCCUAAUCUGCUUGCUCAAGCAUCCUCCCUUGAGACACUGCAGGCUUCCUCGCCAGAAGUUCUACCAGCUGGUACUUUGAUGAACUAUAUCGCAUAUUUACCGCGAUGUCAAGUAAAAAGAGGUCGUAAAAUCAAGGAAUUAGGAUUAUUGCUUCUUACACGACGGUCCUCUGAUACACAGAAACGCCAUCUCAGUGAAACACAGUCAAGUCAGACUGCUCCAUGCACUAGAGCCUACUACAUCGGGUUAGAGGAAACAACACCUGCCAUAUUGCCAGCCAGAUUCGCACUCAGCCCCGUGGCCGGACCAGAAAACAUAUCUGGUGUACAUUCUUUAGCCAGUAUUCUAAGAAAAUUCCGGUUACCACUUUCUAUCAGACCAGUGUGUGUGCAUGAGACUACGAAUAAUUAUUCCAAGCCGAAUGGUUCACGUCUUCUUUCAUCCAACCCACCUGCUGCUCCCCCCUCGCUUAGUUGCGGAUUAUCUGGUUUACCUGGUAUCACAUUUAGUGAACAGGGUUACCUGAGACUGGAAUCAAUAUUUCGAGGCGAUUUAUUGAUCAUCUCUCCCGUGUCGUGUCCCGAACGCUUAUUUUUAAUCACACCUUCCAUGCUUCCCGACCACUGUUUCCGUUUAGGCACUUCUAAUGAUCCAGCGUACUUGAAAUUGUUAGCGAAUCAUCGAAUACAAGCAACCAACUUUCUGGCUGUUGGCCAUCCGAAAGACUCCCUCAAUUACCUUUUGCGGCACAUGCAGGAUGUCACUAGGGAACCCAGGGAUUCAUACACUUCAAGACAAACCAAUCGAGCUAAACCGAAUUCCGGGGAAUCUCAAAUGACACAAGAAGAAAUUUAUCGUGCCUACGAGGAGCUAGACGAUAUUUAUUUUUACAUCCGUCAUGGUUACUAUCCAUCAAAAAGUCGGCCCCCAGACACUCCACUCAAAGCAGACACUAGUAAUAAAUCACUCGGGGAUUCACAAGGUGAUGUGCUGCUCCAACCUGAAAGAGAUGAACCUGGCAAAAAAGCUCUACCAGAUCAUUCUCGAGCUACUGUGCCAACGGCAGAGGAGCUUCUUGCCGCUUCUCUAAACAUACCAGCGAGAAACACAGCCUUUCGCUCAAAGUGGCUCAACGGAUCCGCAAAUCCAAAUGCAUCUGCUCCUCGACAGCAACCUAAGGAGUAUGGACUAUAAUUCCGCAUACUAUCAGAACUUUUUGGUAUCACAACAAUGCGUUGUGGCACCAGGGCUAUUCAGCUGCGACGCCUUCAUCUGAAAGCAGUAAAACGAUCGAUACCGUGGACGUUACCGAACGCCGCACAGUCAACAAGGCUUUCAUACAUUAUACACCAUCCACCAAACUCAACCACGUCUUGUCUUCAUUGCCAGUGUCUAACAAAGUCCAAGUUUAAACCCUUCUGCCACAUACACCUAGACUGUCAUUUUCUACAUACCGAACAGCAGCUUCGACAGAUUUAAAUUGUGUCCUUUCCUGUACAUAUGUUGGAAAAAAGUACAUUUUGGCCUUGUAGUUUUCUUAUGUAAGCUCUCAAAUGUCGAACCAAAUGUGAAGCUGCGUGUCUUUCACCCGCCAUUUAAACACCGACCGUUAACUAAAGCUCAUAAUUUGUUUCGGUUUCCGGCUCAUAAAUAACAACCUACUAAAGU